CCCUUUGUCAAAAGCAGGGUGCGACAAGCACGGUCUUGAUUAGCACGCUCUCGGCAGCUGAGUUUACCUACCCAGCAGGCAGCACUCAGCAGCUGCAGCGGCUCCCGCCCGUUGACUUGCUUUUCCAUCGCCUCUCCACGACUAGAGGAGAUGUCUGAGGUGGUGGCGAUGGCGGGGCAGGCGUACAUGAGGCAACUGCUGGCCCACCCGCUGCGCACCAAGGCCAUCACCUCCGGCGUCCUGGCCGGCUGCAGCGACGCCGUCGCCCAGAAGAUCUCCGGCGUCCCCAAGCUCCAACUCAGGAGGCUCCUCCUCAUCGCGCUAUACGGAUUUGCAUACGCGGGACCGUUUGGACAUUUCCUCCACAAGCUCAUGGAUAGGUUUUUCAAGGGCAAGAAAGGAAAAGAAACGACAGCCAAGAAGGUCUUAGUAGAACAGCUGACCGCAUCUCCAUGGAACAACAUGAUGUUUAUGAUGUAUUAUGGUCUGGUCGUUGAAGGGAGACCAUUCGGACAAGUGAAGAGCAAGGUGAAGAAGGACUAUGCAUCUGUUCAGCUGACAUCUUGGAAGUUCUGGCCAAUUGUAAGUUGGAUCAACCAUGAGUACAUGCCACUCCAACUCCGAGUUCUUUUCCAUAGCUUCGUCGCAUCCUGCUGGGCGGUGUUUUUAAACCUCAAGGCAGCAAGAUCCAUCGCAAAUACUCCUACUAAGAAGGCAUAAACAAAGGCAGCUAUCGACGGAAUAAAUGCCAUGAUCUGAACUGCCGCCUGAAAGCAAAACCAACAUGUGUAUCAACUGGGCGGCUAGGCCUGAAUUUUCUUUUACAGAGGGAGAGGAACAAUGGAAUUGAAUUAUAUUGUUUGCUGCGACUAGUUUGCGCGCAUUGGUCUCCUGCCUUUUCAUUUCGUAAAUUGUUGUUUGCUCUUCCCAUCCUAUCAACGACGUCCGUAGUAUGUAUCUAUUUUUAAGUAGAAUCAAAGUUGGUUUACAGGCAAAAAAAAUAUAUGGACUCUUGUUUCUCUGAAAUAUAAUUAGUUUGCCCCCCUUUCAUUU